AUGUCUACUAAAAAAUCUUAUUCAAAACAUGAAAUUUGGAAUAACUUUCAUGAUAAUUCUGAUAAAACUAAAGUUAUUUGUAAUCUUUGUGAUCAAUCGUAUUUAAAAUCUUCUUCUUCAAUUGUUAUUAAUAUGAAAAAUCAUUUUAAACGACAACAUAACAAAGAAUUUAUUGAAACUUUACAAAAACA